UAACACACAAUGCAGCGCUGGCGGCCUCAGUUGAGUCCUGGACUGUAGCAGAGCGAGCGGCCUGAGCGUGCACCACACCAUGGAUGUCAAACUGCUGCCACUGAUGGUUCUGUUGGCUGUGAUCACACAUGGACCGGGCAGCAUUGCAAAGCCCAUCAGUCUGGUGGAGCGGUGCUGGUGUCGUUCUACUCUCAACACAGUUCCUCAGCGCUCCAUCAAAGAGCUGAAGUUCCUGCACACACCCAACUGCCCCUUCCAAGUCAUUGCCAAGCUGAAGAGCAACAGGGAAGUGUGCAUCAACCCUGAAACCAAGUGGCUGCAGCAGUACUUAAAGAACGCCAUCAACAAGGUGAAGAAGUCCAGAAGACGUAACAACAAGAAGAAGAACUAAGUCUGGGGGAUGUUCUCUAUCAGGUCAAGCAUCCUCAGGUCCAACCUGUGUACCUCCAACCACUGCAAUGGAUGUAUGAAAACACGCUGUAUGUACCUGUCCACUUCUCUGGACCGCUUGCACAACCAGCACUUCACCGCCAAUCGCCAACCUCCGGACACCCACUGACUCGUCCCCCGCCCUCCAUGGUAGCACCAAGUGCAAUUAAAGCCGGGCUUGGGAUAAUGGACGCGUGACGAUGUGUAUUGUAUCUUAGUGAGUGCUGGGUGAACGUGUGUGUAGCGUGUGAGUGUGUAUAAAAGAGCAUUUUUACAUUCCUUUCCUAUUUGCAAGGGUGUAUGGCAUCCUUUGUGGCAGGUCACACAUUCCACAACGCCCUCAGUGUCUUAAAUAAGCAAAUAUUUGCUGCUGGAUCAAAUUUAUGUGCCACAUAUACUUCUGUAUUUCUGGCUUACAUACGUGAAAGUGGCAGAAUUAAAAAAAAAAAUGUUUUUAGGGGUGACAAGCAUCUACGUACAAGUAAGUGACAAGCAAUGAUCAUGUGGUGCCACAUAAUAACUUUAAAGGGGUCACAGGCAUUUCAUAUUUUGUUUUAAGCAAAAAUACAGCAUAAGUAGCAAUUUGUUCACAUUCAUUAACUUGCUCAGAUGUGGAAAACAUCAUGAAUGUCAUCCAGUGCAGACAAAGAUGGUAAAGAAAUUGCCUAAGUGGGGUAUCGGGGUGUAUUGUUUGUGAACGCAGCUUUUACUGAUUGAACAUAUCGCUAUAGAGACCAAAUAUUUAUUCAGUGUGUAACAAGGAACCUCAGCAAUACAAUUCUAAUUCCAAAACUGGUUUGAGUUUUUACAGUUUUUCCACAGUAGCAGAGACUGAAUUGUUGACAGGUUGAACAAGCAUUAUCAAAAAGGGAAUGUUCAUAUGGCAAAAAGAAAGUAUGGAUGAUUUUUUUUUCCUUGAUACAUAGAAAUAUAUAUUUUUGAGCCACUUUAUUAUCAGACAAGUCCUGUAAAUGUUACUGUUUUAUUUUUAUAUUGUGAAUAGUUUUUUUUAAAUGCAACAUACUUUACAGUCACUACUAAAUGAAGGUAUCAUAAACGUACAGCAAGCAGUAUUAAGCUACUUUGCAUUACCUUUUGAAUAGAUUUUCUAAUCGUUGGUUGUAAAACAAUAUGCAACAUAGUCACCCACUACAGAAAUGACCAUUUUUUGUUUCACAAUGUUGUUGCUAAAACCCAAGCCAAUUAAAUACUGUCCUCGUAUUGUUUUUGUUCUCUGUAUUCAUUCAUUCAACAGUGCUGGUGUCUAUUUAAUUAGAUCUUGUUUGAGGAUAAAAGUCACCAUCGUUGUGUAAUAAUCGGAAACAUAAUUCAGCCCAGCUACACUUGACUAGCUUUUCAUACUUUUGCCCAGCAUUUGUAUUUAGUGUCAGUAAAGCCAUUGAGCCAAAGCGGAACAAAAACUGCGGUUUUAGAUCCAAGCGAACACCAUGUGCUUUCAAUUAGGGCACUCCCAGCACCCCGUAGACUUGCUUCUCUCCAAAACCAUAUUGUCCUUUUUUUUCCGUGAAAUGUUAUGGAAAUGCAGGUUGUGGUCUUGGUUAACGUCUUUGUUUUGUUUGACAAUUGGCAGCCUGUGUGCUAGCAGGUGAUAAUCCUAUUGAGCUGCAGCCAACAGUGCAACAAGCAAUAUUAAGUGUUAUGACGCUUACCGCCUUUCAUUUGAAGCCAUACUAAUUCUUAAACAAAGUGCAGAGUAUACAAAAGAAACGCAAGAUUAUUAUUAUUAUUAUUAUUAUUAAUACAGAAAAAAUAAUCAUAAAAUUACACAAUGCUCUUCGUUUAUCUACAACCAAAUUCUAUUAAGAUCGGCAUCAAGAGCAACGUGAGAAAAAAUAAUGUGAGUAUAAGUGUGCAUGACUCCACAGACAUUUUACUAAAUGGCUAACACUACUAAAAUAUUUACUAAUGCUGUACUCAUUAUUAUUGUCAGAGUUUGUGUCACUUGUGUUAUAAUGCAUGCUUGUGUCUUGUGUAUUGCAUAUCUCUAAUUCACAGCCAUUGAACAAAUGUGUGUAACGAUGGAACAAAGAGGGGUGCGUGGUGUAUUUGGACCCCAAGAAUGUGAAACGUUUCAUUUAAAUAGACAUGAUAUACAACAUGGUAGCCUUUGCAUUUUGUAUGUAAACCAAGAGGUAUUUUAGCUAUGAUACUCAAAGCCUUUUUCAAUAAAGUCAC